AGCCAAGGCAGAUUAAAGUGGCUAUCCUCAACCUGGUAAUCCAGCCAUCUGUCAGAAAGCAGUCAGGCAGCAUUGGGCUGCAGGGUGUGAUUUGUCUCCCUUCCUCAGCUUGCUAAUUAACACUGCCAAGGACCAGCGCUCACAGGCUACAGGACAUCAGGUCUGUUUUAAAAAAGAAACACUCUUCUAAAGAGUUUAAAAUGCAGGAGGCGUAUUUGCUUGGCCAUCCUGGAGUAAAAAAGAAGAUUCUGCAUGGAGGUCAAGGACCAUUGCCGCAUUUUCCGAAGGGAACCAAGCUGGUGUUCCACUUUCAGACUCUGUUGGACAACUUUGAAAGAACAGUGAUUGACGACAGUCGCAAAAAUAAGCGUCCCACAGAGAUUUUCGUGGGGAAGAUGUUCAAAAUGGAGGUGUGGGAGGUGCUGUUAACCUCCAUGAGGAUUGGAGAGGUGGCGGAGUUUUGGUGUGAUGCUAUUCACACAGGUCUUUAUCCCAUGGUGUCAAAAGGGAUGCGACUGGCUGCUCAGGGAAAGGACCCUCUAGAGGGCCAAAGACACACGUGUGGCAUGGGAAACUUGUUUCACUACCAUUCGACAGGCUUUCCAGAGCUUGAUGAGCUAAUGAGGACACCUCAGCCUCUAAUCUUCAUCAUGGAACUAAUCUCGGUGGGUCAGGUGUAUUCACACAGUGCAAGAAAACAAGCAAAUACAUGCACGCACCCUUGCACAACAACACUCUCAUACACUCAUUCUAGUUCAACUCCUCCACCUCCAACAGAUUUCUCACUGCAACCCAAACAGAGCGUAACAAUGUUACACAAUCAAGUGCUACACGCCAGGAAAGAAAUGUUGUUCCCAAUUCUCAGACCAUGUUUUCAAUCCUCAACCAAGCGAGACAAGCACGCUCCAAUUCUCUGUCUACCUCAGGUGGGCGACCCGUUCUCUUACCAGCGGGAGUCUUGGAUGAUGGAGAAGGAUGAGAAGCUAAAGGUCGUGCCCUCGCUACAUCUUUUGGGCAACGCUCUGGUCAAGCAGGGUCGGUUCCAUGAAGCUGCAGAAAAGUACCAGGAGGCUGUGGUUCUGCUGCGGACAGUCCAAUCCAGGGAGAUGCCUGGAGAUGAAGACUACAUUAAUCUGGACAGGUUUAUCAUUCCUCUUGUACUCAACUACUGCCAGUGCAUGUUAGAGCUGGAGGAAUAUUACGAAGUCAUAGAACAUACAACAGAGCUCCUGGACAAACACAAAGACUGUGUGAAGGCCUACUACAAGCGAGCGAAGGCCUAUGUGGCUGUGUGGAGCGAGAGGGAGGCCAGGAGAGACUUCCAGAUGGUGGCCAACCUAGACAUCACACUGUCUCGAUUGGUGCAAAGAGAACUCAAUCUUCUCUCUGAGAGAAUGAAAGAAAAAUACUGGGAGGAUAAAGAAAGGUACUGGAAGAUCCUGGAAGACAGAGAAAAGGAACCAGAGAAGGAGGACAUCUCUGAGAUGGAUGCAAAAGAGGAAAGCAGAGGGGAACAUUCUCAGUCCCCUGAAGAGGUCAAAGAUGCUGAGGAGGGAAAGAAUCCAUCUGUAGCAGAGGAAAACAAGCAUGACACCAAAAGUGAAGAGUCGGCAGCCGAGGCCAAUCACAGGAUAACAGCUCUGACCGAGGGCAAGGACUGGCAGCAGAUGCUACGGCUAAUUAUGCUGCUCCAAGACGAAGGCAAUCUCAGUGUGAAAGAGCAUAAAUACACUGAGGCGACUGCUAAGUUCAAGGAGGCUCUGGAGUAUGUAGACCAUCUCCAAACUAAGGUGGAACAUAAAGGAGAAGACUGGGAAUCUCUAGAGAAAGUCCGUCUGCCACUCUGUCUAAACCUCAGUCAGUGUAAGCUGGAGCUUGGGGAAUACCUAGAAGUGGUGGAUCUCAACUCUAAACUGCUGAAGAAACAUAAAGACAAUAUGAAAGUUGUGUACCAGCGGGCCCAAGCUCACGCCGCAUUAUGUAACGAAGACGAGGCCCACAGGGAUUUCAAUAGGGUCAUGCAACUGGAUCCCAGAUUCAAACCCAUCGUCAAACAGGAGAUUAAGAAGAUGGGUGAGAACAUAAGAGUGAAGUGUGUCAAUGAAAACAAAAACUACUGGACAAGCACUCAGGAGAAGUGGGAAAAGAAGGCGCAGACCAAGAGAGGAAUGAAGAUGAAGAAAGGAGUGACAUGGGCGGAUGAGAGUAAAAUGUUGGGAAGGAACGAUGAAGGACAACUGGCAAGAUCUGGCUGCGGUGACAAAUCAGAGGAGAGCUGCAGUGUCAAAGCAGGUAAUAAAGAUGAAGGACAGGAUGAGAAGAAAAACUGCGAGAACAAAAAGGACGAGAGCUUUCUGAACCUGAAAGAAGCAGAAGAAAAACCUGCGGCUGUAGGUAAAGACAGGUAUUCAGUCCAAAUCAAUGUGCUGGGAGAUAGUACACAGAGAUCACAGACAGAUAGCGGGGCCACUGAAACUCUACUGACCAAUGACAUUACAAAGAAAAAUGACGGCCAGGAUGAGAUCACAGAUGAAAUACAUGAAUCUCCUGCAAAGCCAGACAAAGAUGCAAGCAGUGGAGCAUCAAGGGAAGAAAGACUGAGGGACACGACUGGAGAUGAUGAAACAGAGGAAAGCUACUGAAUUUAAGAUGGAGAAGACAAAUGUUGAGGAACCAACAGGAGCAUCACCUGCAAAACCUGAGAAAUUCACCAAAAAUAUUAAAUGCAAACAGAAAAAGAAACAGAUUAAAUGCCAUCAUCUGAAAAAAAUACAAACCAGACCAGGUGUAUAACAAAUAAAAAUGUAUUUCUUUGUACACAAUGAGUAGAAAGCAGCCAGUAACUCGUUCAUUUUUAAAACGCCUUCCUUUCACAUUUUGUACAGAUUAAAAACACGAAAAACAAAAAACUAAGACAUUAAUUAUGGUGUUAAUAAUUAAAAAUAAAACUGCAUUGCACAUGAAAAUCAAAACAUAAAAAAACAACGCAUAUAUUGCAGGGACACAAAUAAAACGUAAUAUUUGUAUUCAGGUCAUUUGACCUGAAAACAACACAACAUGUCAUGGUGUGUAAUGGCGAUGCCACAGGUUCAGAGGUUAAACCAGUAAAUGCCCAGUUGUGUAGUUCAAUAUUACAAACAAGCCUGCAAAGCCAGAGACGUAUUGGGGUCGUGACACAAAGGUCUGCUACAUACAAACAAAAAUAAUGAGUGUAUUUGUUAAUGAGGCAGAUGGCUAAAUAUAGCUCAGGCAGCCCUUAGCAAUGCUGUCAAAUCCACAAAAUAUUUCCUUCUGUAAUUUAACACUUCUCAAAAAUUCAGCACAUCUCAUUUUCUAAAAGUAGACAAGGGAGCAAUUCUGAGUUAAAAAGAUCAUAUUAAGGAAUAAUAGAUAUACAUACAGUAUAUGCCAGAAUGGAGAAUUAUUAUAUUUUGCAAAUGGUAUGCAUAUAGAAGAAUUUCCAUGUAUUACAUAAUGCUACAUGAUUUGCUACCAUGUUGAAGCUCUACAUAUCAUAAUUUGCAAAAAUGUUUAAUAAAUCAUCUCCCUUUCUACAGGCUUAAAAGUCAUUUUCUUAAUCAGCAUUUUGUCUUGCUUUCUAUUAAAAAUAUCUAAAUAUACUUAAAACAUGAUUCAUUUAUUUGAAAAACAAUUUUGUAUGAUUUUAUUACUUCUUUUCAGAUAAUAUAUUGAAUCAUUUUUUCAAAUUUCUUCACAUUGUAGCCAUUUUACUUAAGAUGUCAAAUAUGCUUUCAGAUAAGAUUGGGUAAAAAAAUGAACUUAAUUGUAAAGUAUAGGUCUAUCUCUGAAAACAAGUCAUAAUAUUAAAUUUACUAAAUGUAUCUUGUUUCAAGGAUGUUUGGAUAUUGUACUGGGAAAAAAGUGUUGAAAUGACUUCAGACAAUCCACACAUUCACAGCCCUGAAUUAGUUGAGACUGUUUGGCAUGGAAUAGAGAGGGAGCUGGAGAAAGAAACCGAAUCGCAAUGCGCAUACUUCAAUGUGAGCGUUUGUAUGUGUGAGGUGCUUUUGUCCCGAAGAAGCACUGGAAUGAUAAAUGGGUGUCGCUGUGGAUAGAACACCAGAUGUUGAUCUUAAUGAGGAGCCAUGCAAGUUAAACAAAGGCAGGCAUAUGGGGCGGAGGGGACCCGAGUUCCCCUCUCUCUCUUCCUCCAUAUGUUUAUUUGUAUCUCCUCCAUUAUGAAGUCACCCCACCUUUCUAAAGACCAACCUGCAGCGCCGUGUCCUUGGGGACCGUUCCUUAGCAACCGCAUCAAAACAAACAGACAGCUCACCACUGUGAUGUAAAAUGAGAUCACAAUGCGUGCGAAAGAAAGCCGGCGAUGCCACAGUGGGAUUCAAGCAAAAAACCUACAGUGCAACAGGGGUCACUUUGUGUUUUUAUGGAGAAGGGGGGAGCGAGGAAUCGCUAUACUUCCAACAUGCUUGCCAAAACAAAUGGAGAACAUCUCUUGCUCUCUCAGCUGCAAUAAUCUCAUUCCUGUUUGCAGGGGCUGCAGUGCCACAACCCAUCACCGUGAAUAUUUACACACUGUUCUCUUUCCCAUUUGCAGUCUUUCCUUCACGCCGUAUCUCUUCCCGCUCACUAUCUUUUUCUCUUUUCUAGUCACUACACCCCCAGCAUCUUCUCUGCUCAUAUAAAUCUGACACCCCACAGUAAAUCACUCCACAAAAAAAGCCUUUUUUCUCUGUUUACAAAGAGCGUGAUCCAUUUGCCGUCCUCCUCCCUCGGCAUAAUGUAAAAUAAUCCUUCCACACACUCACUUUCAUUUUCUUCCUUAGAUUUUGGAAAUGCUGAGAUCUGGAGAACAGCAUUUGGUAAACAAAAUACUUACAUCAGGAAGACGACAAUAAGACAGUGAGAUGUAGGGCUGGUAUUCUUUAGAAGAAAAAAAAAAUAAGUGGGAGCUUUGAAGUCUUAAGGCAUAAUAAGAGCUAUGCUGGGUUUAAAAUGAGUGUAAAAGACCUUCCCAAGCCAAAGUGAAAAGGGCCGAAUCUGGCAUCGACUCGUCUCCUUGGGUAUCUACUUUCUUGUUCAUGCCACGCUGGACAGCUGUAAUUUAACGGCGAGUGCUCUGACAACAAAACAACACUACAAAUCUUCAUUCCUGAAAGACCUUUCCCAUUGUGACCGGAAAACCAACAGCUGAGAAAUAUGCUCAUCUCCUCAAUAGAUCCUUUCUGUACGAGUGGCUACACUG